AUGGAGUGCGCGACGCUCCCACACCAGAAAUCAGUGCACGUCCUGGGGUCGCAGGGUUGGGUUUCUCGCGGGAAGGUUUCCUGUGGCCGAGCUCCUGCGGUACCGUACCAGACGCCCCCCGCGCGGCUGCCGCAUGGGGCCCGGCGGCCUGCGCUGCGCGCUGAUGGGCCUGCUUGCGGGGCAGGCGUUGCCAGCUCAGGCUCUGCGGGUCACGGCAGCGGGCCCACCGUCACGCUGAACAACGGGGUGAAGAUGCCCAUGCUGGCCUUCGCCGCCAACAUGUACGGUCCAGACGUGUGCCGCAGGGCCACCGCUCACGCCCUGACUGCUGGGUUUCGCAACAUCUGGUCGUCCGAGAUCAUAGGCGACGGCUGCCAGCGCGCGCAGCGCGAGGCCAUGGAUGCCUCGGGGCUGGCGCGCUCAGAGCUCUUUGUGGCGGGCACGGUGAUGAAUCCCCAGUGCACCGCCAGUGACUGCUACCAGACCACUAUGAGUCAAGCUCGGAACCAGCUGGAAAUGCUGUCGAGCGACAAUACGCUCGACAUGCUUAUGCUGGACUAUCCGUCGUCAGCUGGUUGCGAUGGCAUCGAGGGUCAGUGGAAGGCAUUGGAGGAACUGUACCGUGCUGGGAAUGUGCGCGUCAUCGCUGUCAGCAAUUUCAGAGACGAGCAUCUAACGUGCAUUGCUCGUAACAAUUCGGCCACGUUGCCAGCGGUAAACCAAAUGAACUACAACACGGGGAAUGCGGACCGGAGUGUGUUGCAGAGCAAUGAGAAGUUUGGAAUCACGGUGCAGGCUUACUCACCCCUAGGGUCUGGCGGCGUCUUGCAGAGCCCGAAGCUCCACAGCAUUGCCAAGAAGCAUGGAAAGACACCAGCCCAGGUAGCGUUGCGGUGGCUGACCCAGCAGGGCGUGGCGGUGGCGCUGGCUUCCACAAGCCUCGAGCACCUCAAGCAGGAUGUGGACAUCUCUAGCAUCAACUUGUCGAAGGAGGAUAUGCGCGAGUUGGGGUCAAGCGGAUCCGAGCCCAUGUAG